ACUUUUUGCAAGACUCUUCUGGCGCUGUCCGAUGCAAAUGCACGUCUGUGGCAAAUGUCGGCCAAUGUCGACUGCAGGAAAACGCGUUCUAACCGCGCCGACCGCGAAAUGUGAAAUACGUAUGUUUAUGUCGUAUGAUCGUGUAAUGUAAUUGUCAUUGCCAACCCGCAUUCGAGUACACUACGUCUAGCCAUGAGCUCGGAAAUCUAUUGCAUAGAUAUGUGCCGUGCCUGUAUGAAAACCGACGGCGUCCUGUUGUCGGUAUACGACGAUGAUAUUAAACCUAUGAAUUUACCGCACAAGCUCAUGGAUCUCACGUCUGUCCAAAUUAACAGGUUCGAUGGAUUGCCCAGCAAGUUUUGCUAUAAGUGUGCUUACCGUAUUCAAGUUUUAUAUGAAUUCAAGUACUUAGUACGAGAAACACAUAAGACAUUAUUAAAGAUGUUUGGAAAACAAAAACAUAUACUGAAGAAAAAGCCAUUGGAUAAAAACGAUGACAUGAAUAUUUCUACACAAAUGAAUGAAAUCAUUAAAUUUAUAUUACCAAGUGAUCAGAGCACCGAUACCCCAGAGAAUGUAACGACUGAGAUAGUAGAAGAGACAAAUAACAACACGGAAGAAGUCAUGGUCAAUAUAUCUCAUUUUUUGGAAAACUAUGAUGAUAUCAAAGAGAGUAAUCUGAGUUGGGAUGAUGUUGCCAAUUUACAAGGAACUGGUGAGAUGCAGAUUGAUGAACAUCCCAUGAAGACCAAGGAACCAGAGAAAAUUACAAAGAUCUUUGACUCAGAACAAUACACAAUAGUGUAUGUACCGGAAUCUGCGAUGGAAUCUACCGAACAAAUUUCGAUUUUUGACAUGGAUAAAGAAAAAAGCGAGAAAGACUGCAACACACUUGAAGCUGCUGUAGAAAUAUUGGAGAAACAGGAGGAAAUGAUCGAAAAGAUUCCGCCCAACGUGUGCGCUUCUAGCCUAAUAGAAUUCGAAGUAUACACGAAGGAAAAAGACUCUUCAUACUCUUCCACGAUAUCUAAGAACGACUCAAUGGAGAACAAAGAAGCGAGCGAAAACAAUGUUUCGAAAAUUGAACAGUUUUCAGCGCAAGCAGAGAACACGGAUGAAUCGGACUCCGAUUACUUCAUUGAUCACAAGGAUAACAUAUUGGGUAGCCUGAACGACACAAUAAUGCGGAUAAAGGAAGUGCGAAAGGGCGACUUAAUUAUGUACCAAUGUACAUUGUGUCUACAGAACUACAAACAAUUGUCAGACAUGCUGCUGCAUACCAUCGACAACCACGUUCCUAGUAGCGGGCCGUUCUACUGCGUGGUAUGCGAGAAGGAUUGCGAGAGCCACCGGGAAUUGCGAGCGCACGCGAAAACGCACACCGGCAUUCAGCCGUACUCGUGCUUCAUUUGCGACAAGGCGUAUGCCGUGAAGCGUUACUUGAAACGGCACAUGGCAUGCCACGUCGACUUGCCGCGCUUCCGUUGCCCGAAGUGCGGCAUUCGCUUUACCGUUAAGACAGAACUGGACAGGCACAUGACGACGCACCUGCGCGGCGCACCUUUUGCUUGCAGCCAAUGCUCGCGGACAUUUAAUCACAAGGGCAAUUACAAGCGACACCUGAUUACUCACUUGGACCCACAUGGUCUUCAAAUGCACAAGUAUCCGUGCAAGAUCUGUGGCAAGCGAUUCCCUAAUAACCGCACGCUGGAAACACACGUACGCGUUCACACCGGCGAGAGGCCGUUUUCUUGCGAAAUCUGCAGUAAAUCGUUCUCACAGCAAGGUAACCUGCUGAACCACGUGAGAAUACAUUCCAAUCCACGUAAAUACAGAUGCGAUAUUUGCGACAAAAGUUUUAAUCAGCGUGCCACGUUAAGGGAUCAUCAGCUAUUGCACACAGGUGAGAAACCCCAUGUGUGUAAUAUAUGUGGAAUCGCAUUUACGUUUAGCGCGGCGUUGAGGAGGCAUAUGUGGUCCCACGAGACUAGAAAACCAUUUAAAUGCGAUACAUGCAAUGCGGAAUUCAUUGGCAAGUACGAUCUACGACGACACAGUCAAGUACACAAAAACCAAGCCCCAGUGAAAAUGAAGAAACCUACGUUGAAAUUGUGCGAUGUUCUUCGAGAGGAAUUCAACAUAGAAGAUUCAGUCGUAACGGAGGAACCAGAUAAUGAAACUGUACUCACAGAACAAGUUUUGCAAGACGACGUCACGGAGGUUGUGCAUCAAGCCGAAUCAGAGAAAGAGAACGUUGAUGCGUUAUUCAACUUCAUAUAGUAUGAUACAUAAUAUUACACUAUUUACACUAAUACGUUUACAUUUAAAAUAUUUACACUAAUACAGACUAUACACUAUUCUAUAAUUAAGAAAAAUUACUAUUUUUUUGUAAUUUUUUUGUAUUUUAUCUUAUUCAAUACUCAUUUGUUUUUUAUUUAAUUCAUAUCAAUCAAUGGCAAAAUGAAAUUCAUUCGGUAAAUUUAAGUCAAAGUUAUUAGACUAAUUGAUUUUUUUUAUUUAUAAUUUAUAUGUAAAUAUAUAUUUUUUUGUAGUGAAAAUGUGCAGAUAUUGAAUGUUAACUUUUGGAAUUCUUUGAUAGCUUUUGGUAAUAGUUUUUUUUUAUGAAAAUUGUAGAAAUGUAAAUCCUUUUUUGAGACUUUUUGUAGAAAUAAAAGUACUGUGUUUUAAAAUAUUUAAAUAUUAAUAUUUAAUAUUUUCCAAAAAGAAAUUUUUUCUUUCAUUAGUUAUUCGUGAAUCACAGUACAAAAAUAUCAUUAAUUGUAUCGUAAUGUACAUAUACUCUGUUACUAAACGGUUUAUACACAUUUUCACUAUUAAAGUUGCAGCGCCUCAGGUUGUCACAAGUGAGAGACAUUACUUACAUAUUUGCACAAUAAAUAAUUAUGAAAGGAGCCGAAAUGACAAUACAUGAGACAUCUGAUGUCAUAAAUGCAACGAAAAAUUCAGGGAAAAAAGCUAGUAUUUAUAUUCUUAUCUACCAGAUAAGACUAUAAUAAAGGAUUGUUAUUUAUAUCUUGACAUAAUAUCGGCAUCUGACUUAACCACAGCAAUGUCUCCCAAUUUUGACAACCUGGAAUGCUGCAAUUUUAUUUGGAAAAAUGUGUGAAAACCGUUAUCAACUGAAAGAUAUACAGUUUUAUAAUUUAAAAAAAUUUUGAGAUAUGCAGCUUUAAACAAUUUAAGAGUAUUGCUUAUUCAUAUAGUACAUGAAUACUAAAGAUUUUGUUAAUAAAUUAUAAUAACGAAACUAUUAUAAUCUGCAUUUAUUAAAAGUAAUUAUAUUUAUUUACUCUUUUGAUUUAAUAUAAUCACGUUGUUGAGACAGGAGUUCCAAAUAGAUUAUAUAAAAUUAUGAGAGUAAUAUUAUUAAUAUUAAGCACAAUAGGAAUAUUUUGCACUACCAAAAUAAUUUAAUAUUUCACGAAACCAAAAUUUUUGCUGUAUGCAAAUGUUGUGUUAUUUUGUUAUUUUAAAGUUUCUUGUAAAAAGGUAGCUCUAUUAAGUAAAUAUA